UGUUGGGUUAGAGCAAGACGUUAAUAAAAUACCAUUUAAUGAGUAACUUAAUUAAAUCUCGUUACCUUUCGGACGCAGCUGUAUCCCUUUUAGCAACCAAACAACCAAAAUAGAUGGGCGUUGCGCAAUUUCGCAUUAUGCAAAUGAGGGGGCGGGGGUCCCCGCUGACGUGACGUCAAGUCCAGCCUCGCCGGAGAGAGCGCAACAAACAUGGCGACAGAGCGCGGCGGACACGGCUGUCUGUUAACUUUCAUCGUGGUCCUCUGGAGCUCUGUCAGCGGCCACACGGACUCCUCAAGCCCCGCUCACAGCUGUCAGAUCCUGGGCAUGCGGCUGGAGAGAAGCGACAAGCCGGCCAGCACCACGGAGGACGGGCUCAUUCAGCUGACGGAGGAAAGCCGCGUCCUGAUGCGCUUUUACGGGGUGCACCUGAGCCCCGACGCGGCGUCCAGCAUCAGGUUCACGGAGUACACAGAGGACACAGAGACGCAGAAUAACACCUGCGAAGACUUCACCAAAGACCUGAGCAUCAGCACAUUCAUGAACGUGUCCAACAGGGGAAGCUCAGGACUGGUCAGUGUGUCCGUGAAGCCUCUGCGUAAAACGGAGAAGCAGAAGACCUACAGCCUGUGCGUCAAAUCCGGAGACAGGUGGGUUUACCUGGGCGAUAAAGACGGGAGACUGGUGGUUGUGGAGGAGAAGGAGUCUCUCUUGCCUUUGUGGAUGCUGAUUAUUUUAGUGACAGGUCUUCUGGUGCUGUCCGGGAUGUUCAGCGGGCUCAAUCUGGGACUCAUGGCUCUGGAUCCCAUGGAGCUCCGCAUAGUGCAGAGCUGUGGGACUAGUAAAGAGAAGAAGUACGCUAAGAAGAUCGAACCCAUUCGGAGUAAGGGUAACUAUCUGCUUUGCUCUCUGCUCUUGGGGAAUGUCUUGGUGAACACCACUCUGACCAUCCUCCUGGAUGAUCUGAUCGGGUCUGGGUUGGGCGCAGUGGUGGCAUCCACUGUUGGCAUUGUGAUAUUCGGGGAAAUAGUCCCACAGGCGCUCUGUUCACGCCAUGGUCUGGCUGUAGGCGCCAACACCAUCAUACUCACCAAAUUCUUCAUGCUGCUCACUUUCCCGUUGUCCUUUCCCAUUAGCAAGCUUUUAGAUUGUGUCCUCGGGCAGGAGAUCGGCACUGUUUACAACCGAGAGAAGCUGGUGGAGAUGCUGAAGGUCACCGAGCCCUAUAACGACCUGGUCAAAGAGGAGCUGAACAUCAUCCAGGGCGCUCUGGAGCUCAGGACUAAGACUGUCGAAGAUGUGAUGACUCCGCUGGGACACUGCUUCAUGAUCCACACGGACGCCGUGCUGGACUUCAACACCAUGACGGAGAUCAUGGAGAGCGGGUACACCAGGAUUCCCGUGUAUGACUCCGAGCGCUCCAACAUCGUGGAUAUCUUGUAUGUUAAAGAUCUGGCGUUUGUGGAUCCUGACGAUUGCACCACUCUGAAGACGGUCACCAAGUUCUACAACCAUCCCGUGCACUUCGUCUUCCAUGACACCAAGCUGGACGCCAUGCUGGAGGAGUUCAAGAAAGGUUAGUGUGACACAUCAGCACACAAAUGUGGAUAAUCGCAUGGGUCUGACACUGGAGAUGGUGAAUUAUGCGCAC